AGUGUGUGAGAAGUGUAGACGUUUGUAUUGUUUGUUUUUGUGUCUUGUAUUAAGCCCGCAGUUUGUGAUAUGCCCCGUUACUGUGCUGCAAAUUUCUGUAAAAAUCGUGGAGGCCUGUCUUCAAAAGAUAAUAGGAAAAUUAGUUUCUAUCCGUUUCCACUGCAAGAUAAAGAAAGGCUUCAGAAAUGGACAGUGAACAUGAAACGAGGAGCGUGGCUCCCCAGUAAACAUCAGUAUUUAUGUAGUGAUCAUUUCACUCCAGACUCCUUUGAUGUGCGCUGGGGUAUACGGUAUCUGAAGCACAGUGCUGUACCUACAGUUUUUGCAUUCUCGCAUGAUCGACAUGGCUCACAAGCAGUACAGGAGGAAUGGUGUAGGCCACAUACAAGAAAGAAAAAAGCAGUGCCAAAGGAAAAGGCAGCUGAUAGCAAUGACAUAAAUGCAUUUGUCAAACCUUCUCUUUCAACAAAGAAAAAAUCUUUGCUUUUAAAAAAGCAAGAUAAAACAGAAAAAGCAGCCAGCCCUCAAAUUGAAUGUGUUGAAAAGGAAAACUCAGAGACAGCUCACCCUGUAGAAUCAGAAGGACAAAACUGCCAAAAGGAAAACAAAAAAGUAAAUGACCAGGAAGGUGCACAUUCUUUUGAGAUACAUAACACAAAUGCUUCAGCUGUAGACACCACAAACAAUUCACAAGAUGCAAAAGAGCUGAAGGAAAAGUUCAUAUCAGUCAAGUCCGAGCCCCCAUCUGAGAAUGAGUCCACUGAAAAGCUGCUUGAUUCAACAUUUCCAAGCACUUGGGAGUCUGUUGGAAACCGAGCUCCAUGUCACUCUGUCGAACGAACGAAUGAAACUUUAAAUACAGAUAUCAUUACAGGUCCUGUUGGGCAUAAUGAAGAAAUUUGUGAUUUAGUUGAAUCUCCUGAAACACAGCAGUGCGCUGACGCAGAUCAGAUUUUUUUUUCUGAACAUUCGUAUUGCAGACAGGACACUGACAAGGAGCAUCUAUGGAAAAAAAUUGCCAGUCUACAUGAAAAGAUAACAGAGCUGGAGAAAAACGAAGAGAGAACAGUAGCUAAACUUAACUCACUUGCUAAUCUUAUUACACAUUUAAAGCAGGAGAAUAUUGUUUCUGAAGAGAAGUUGAAGGUUUUGGAGAACUAUUUUACAACACUUGAGUUUUCUAUGGUGCAAUGAUUUGAAGCAGGGUACCACCACAUGUUUAAACAGUGUCCUGUAAGUUGAAAGAGUGAUGAAAUAGCAUUGGAAAUUAAGUUUAACUGCUUGAUGGUAAUGUAAGCAUUACAUUUAGUACUAAUGAAAUGGGGUAUAGCUAAUACAAUAAUUCCAUUAGUAAUACUUGUUUACUGAGCUUCCAUUUGCUAUUUUAGUCAUGUACCAUAUAUGCAGUUUUGAAAGAAAUGCAAGUUAAAAAAUGCAUUUUAAUUAAUAACUUCUGAUACCAGUUCAACUUUUCAUAUAAAAUGCACCGUUAAUUUUAUAACAUUAAAAUACAUGUUGCCAUAACAUAGUGUAGGCUUCUUUCAAAACUGCACACAAGACUAACAUAGCCAACACCGUAGAAGUGCUUAAGUACCGCCAGUGGUCCAGGUUUUUGUUUCAACCAGUGCACUGGAAAACAAGGCAUAUUUAAAACAAAUAUUUAGUUCCUAGUUUGAACAAAAUCUGGACUAUUGGUAUUAUUUGUGAACCAGGAUUAAAAACCCUGUUGGUGUAGUCCCAUAGGUUAGCCUUGGAAACAUUUCUGUUUUGAACAAUUACAAUAUUCAAACUGAUGGUCUGUCUUUAAUUCAAUGUACUACACGUGUUCACUCAUAUUUAUCAAUACAAAUUGAAAGUACACAAAUAAAUGUUUUGAUUGGUUUCUAAACGUCUCUUUUUGGCCAACAAAACUUACCUGACUUAUAAAUUAAACCAAUGUUUAUUUUAUUAUUUUUUUUUUCUAAUUUUUUUUCUGCAGUUCAAAAUAUUUCACAAUGCAUAGCAGUGAGGCUGACAUUUAUAUAUGUAUACAGUAGUGCCCGGCUGGGCAACCGUAUACGUUGAACCCCCAAGAA